CUCCGGAGCCUGGCACGGCCCCUUGGGAGGAGCCCUUCCCCCAUGCCCCCUCCCAGUUAAGCUGUUCCAUCCCAGCUCUGGCACGCAGAGCUGUUGGUCCUCCUGAUCCGUGACUAUACCCAGCGUGGUGCCACGGGGAGUGGAAUCCAUCCCUGCCCUCCCAUGGCACCACUCCGACGUGGGGCACUCGGGUGGCUCACCUGUAGAGUUUCAGGCACUGAACCAGGCUGCCCAGGGAGCGUGCCCGUGGCACUUGGGGACGUGGGUUUAAGUGCCCGCCGGCUCUGCCAUGAGUGCCAGGGCGGCCGCGGGCCGCAUCUUCGCGGAGGGUGAGGACUGCAGGGCAGCCUGGCAGGAGGCAGAAGCUGGGUACGAUGUGCCCGAUGCCCACCUGGAGAUCCUGGGCAAGCCGGUGAUGGAGCGCUGGGAGACUCCCUACAUGCACUCCCUGGCCAGCGUGGCGGCGUCCAAGGGGGGCCGUGUGCUGGAGGUGGGCUUCGGCAUGGCCAUUGCAGCCAGCAAGGUGCAGGAGUUUGCCAUCGAGGAGCAUUGGAUCAUCGAGUGCAACGCGGGGGUGUUCCGGCGGCUGCAGCAGUGGGCCGGGAGGCAGCCGCACAAGGUGGUGCCGCUGAAGGGGCUGUGGGAGGAUGUGGUGCCAACGCUGCCCGAUGGGCACUUUAGCGGAAUCCUGUACGACACCUACCCCCUGUCAGAGGAGGCCUGGCACACUCACCAGUUUGCCUUCAUCAAGGCCCACGCCUUCCGCUUGCUGCAGCCCGGUGGGGUCCUCACCUACUGCAACCUGACCUCCUGGGGGGAGCUGCUGAAGACCAAGUACAGCGACAUCGAGAGGAUGUUCGAGGAGACCCAGGUAGGGCAGCUGGUGGAGGCUGGGUUCAAGAAGGAGAACAUCAGCACCAAGGUGAUGGACCUGGUCCCCCCCAAGGACUGCAGGUACUACUCCUUCCCCAAGAUGAUCACCCCCACCAUCGUGAAGCACUGAGGGGGCCACAGCUGGGCGCCACCCCCUGGGGCUGCCUCCAAGCCACAGAAGCAAAGGCUGAGGAGGAGGAGGGUGUGGUGCUGCCAGGAGGAGAAAAGCUCUUAUCUGCCUUGGUGCUGAUGGGAGCUGAUUGAAGCCGAUUUAGCUGGAGGCAUGGGAUGGACAUCCUGGGUCUCCAGUGGGAUCUCCUGGACAAAGGGAGAGCUUCCUGCUCUACCCUGGGUAUCAUCCUGCCCCGGAGCUCCCAUCCUGCCCUGGCUCCCACCACCAACGAAGCAGCAAUUCAAGAGCCUUUAGCCAGAGGUUGUUUUAAGGACUCCUGCGGUGGUUCUUCCACAGUCGAGGCAAAUAAAACCAGCAGGAGGACGUGGGAGGAAUGGGGCAGCUGGAGGCACUUGGGCUGCUCCUGGAGCACCUCCCCAGUGGAAGCUUCCAGAUGCUUUUGGCUAAACCCCAGGGUGGCAAAGCUAUGAUCCCAGCACCCUCCUUGGAAUCCACCUGCACACAACUGCUGUUUGCUCUCUGCCCAGAAGGGAUCAAAUCCAUUAAAGAAGGAACAAAAUUCCCAA